AUGACGGAUCCUCAGAAUGCUCUUGAGCGGCGGCACUCGACUGUCAAUGAAAAUGAUGAGGAGGUGCUGGCCGAGUUUGGGUACAAGCAAGAACUACGCCGAGAUUGGGGGUUGAUGCACAAUUUUGGCAUUUCAUUUUCUAUUAUCUCAGUAAUUACGGGUAUAACGACGCUCUUCCAGUACGGCCUCACAACUGGUGGUCCAGGAGUCAUGUCCGUAGGAUGGAUUAUCGUAUCCAUGUUUACCAUGUUUGUUGCGCUCGGCAUGGCAGAGAUUGUGUCUGCUAUUCCUACAGCUGGCGGGCCAUAUUACUGGGCGGCAAUGCUUGCGCCAGCAAAGCACUCCGCAUUUGCGUCGUGGAUCACAGGCUGGUUCAAUCUUCUGGGUCAAGUUGCUGUCACAACAGGUAUUUCAUUCGGCUGCGCAGGGCUCAUCUCCACCACCGCUACUGUCAAAUCGGCCUAUGUCCCUACCGCCGGCAAAACAGUUGGUAUCUAUGCCGCCGUCCUCAUCUCCCACGGGGUGGUAAAUACAUUCGGCGUCCGCGUGUUGCGGUAUCUCAAUAAUACUUCCAUCUUCCUCCACUCUGUCGGCGUGACAAGUCUUGCAAUAGCCGUCCUAGCAAAGGCUCCCACGCACCAGAGUGCCAAAUUCGUCUUUGCGAGUUUCAACGACCUCACGGGAGCAGACGGAGCUGAUGGAUGGAGUAUCCGCGCAUCUCCCGCCUACGUAGCAUGUUGCGGUGCGCUCAUGAGCCAGUAUACACUAACUGGCUUCGAUGCCUCUGCCCAUUUGUCCGAGGAAACGAGGAAAGCUUCCUGGUCAGCCCCAAUAGGGGUCAUCAGCUCGGUGGGAUUCUCCUCCCUCUUUGGGUUCUUCGUCCUCAUGUCCUUCUUGUUCUCCAUUCAAGACUUGAAAAAUACGGUGGAGAGCUCCUUUGGACAACCCGUGCUACAAAUCUUCGUUGAUAUCUGCGGCGAUGACGGUGCGGUAGUGUUGAUGUGUGUCAUUAUGGUUUGUGUAUGGCACUGUGGGCUCUUCUCAAUGACGUCGAACUCGAGGAUGAUGUUCGCAUUUGCCCGUGAUGGUGGAAUCAGUGGAGAGGGAAUUAAUAACAGACCUACACAGCCUCAAUUCUUUCACAAAGUAGACGACCGCUUUAAGUCCCCCAUUCGCACCGUCUGGCUAGCCGCCUUCCUCUCCUUCUGCCUCUCCCUCCCCUCCCUCGGUAGUUCUGUCGCCUUCGCCGCCGCUACUUCUAUCGCUACAAUCGGUCUCUACAUCUCAUACGGAAUCCCCAUCCUCAUAGGGCUUAUCUACUCCACUUCCUUCAAUGCGCGCAAAGGACCCUUUAACCUUGGCGUUUUCUCGCGACCUGUAGCAUUUAUAGCCGUAGCUUGGAUAGGAUUUAUCACUAUUAUCUUCUGCCUGCCGACGGUCAACCCGGUCGGGACUCAGACGCUGAAUUAUACUGUGGUUGCGGUCGGAAUCAUUGCUGUGGGGAGUUUGGGCGUUUGGUUGUUGAGCGCUAGGAAGUGGUUUGUUGGGCCGCAGAGGGAGGUCCAGGAAGCACAAAGGCUAGGCGUGGAUCUGUUGGAGCCGGGUGCGUUGGAGGCUGCUGAGGCCAAAACCAAUUCAAGUACUAAAGAGGGAGAAACCCCUUAG